CUUUCAAAAAGACAAAACCGAAACUCCCAAAACUAAACAAGCAAAAACUAUGGAAAAAUUACUCGUAACUUCUCUGCUACUAAUCGCAAUCUCAGUUGCAACUUCACAACCCGUGACCGAUCCGGUCGCUUUCCUCCGAUGUCUUGAACGACAGCCAACAGACCCGGCGAGUCCAAACUCCGCCGUCGCCUACAUCCCAACAAACUCCUCCUUCACCGCCGUCCUCCGCCGUCGCAUACCCAACCUCCGUUUCGACAAACCCACAACACCAAAACCGGUAGCAAUCGUCACCGCCGCCACGUGGACACACAUUCAGGCGGCGUUAGGAUGCGCCCGCGAGCUCUCUCUUCAGGUCAGGAUACGAAGCGGAGGCCACGACUUCGAAGGACUGUCUUACACCUCCACCGUCCCGUUCUUCGUCCUCGACAUGUUCAGUUUCAGAAAUGUUGACGUUAAUCUCACCGAGGGAACGGCUUGGGUCGAUUCCGGCGCUACCACCGGAGAGCUUUAUUACCGAAUCGCCGAGAAAAGCAAUGUCCUUGGGUUUCCGGCUGGUUUGUGUACGACUUUGGGAGUUGGUGGACAUUUUAGCGGCGGAGGGUACGGAACGAUGAUGAGAAAGUACGGAUUGUCUGUGGACAAUGUUGUCGGAUCUGGAAUCGUUGAUUCCAAUGGGAAUAUCUUCACCGACCGGGUUUCGAUGGGAGAAGAUCGGUUCUGGGCGAUUCGAGGAGGUGGGGCGGCGAGUUUCGGCGUCGUGCUCGGAUAUAAAAUCCGGUUGGUUCCGGUGCCGGAGAAAGUUACGGUUUUUACCAUCGAGAAAACCGUCGGAGAAGGAGCCGUCGAUCUUAUUAUGAAGUGGCAGAGUUUCGCUCACAGUACAGAUCGGAAUCUGUUCGUGAGGCUGACGUUGACUUUGGUCAACGGUACAAAGGCUGGUGAAAAAACGGUUUUAGCUUCUUUUAUUGGGAUGUAUUUAGGCCGGUCUGAUAAGAUGUUGAACGUGAUGAACCGGGAUUUCCCGGAGCUAAAGCUGAAGAAAAGUGAUUGUACCGAGAUGAGAUGGAUCGAUUCGGUCUUGUUCUGGGCCGGUUUUCCAAUCGGUACACCAACCUCGGUAUUGCUUAACCCGACGGUUGCGAGUAAGGCUUUCCAUAAACGAAAAUCAGACUAUGUGAAACGUCCGAUUUCGAGAACCGGUCUCGGUUUAAUACUCAAGAAAUUGGUGGAAGUUGAGAAAGUGAAAAUGUAUAUGAAUCCAUACGGAGGAAGAAUGGGUGAGAUCCCGAGUUCGAGGAUACCGUUCCCACACAGAGCCGGUAAUUUGUACAAGAUCGAGUAUCUCGUUAGCUGGUCAGAAGCUGGAGAUGACGUGGAGAAGGAUCAUUUGGCACGUGCGAGAGAGAUGUAUGAAUUCAUGAGCCCGUACGUGUCUAGUAAUCCGAGGGAGACGUUUUUAAAUUACCGUGAUCUUGAUAUAGGGUCAAGUGUUAGUUCCACGUACGAGGAAGGUAAAAUCUAUGGGGUUAAAUAUUACAUAGACAAUUUCGAGAGGUUAGUGGAUAUUAAAUCUUCCAUCGAUGCGGAAAACUUUUGGAAGAACGAACAAAGUAUCCCGGUACGAAGAUAAUGAGGACGACACGAGUGUUGUGAUUUGUAACAUGUAUUGAAAGUGAAUAAGAACCAUGUAUUAAGAUCUUCGGUUCGGUAUAUUGUUACAAAAUGUAUUAAGAUCUCUGGUUUGAAUGUAAAGUCAAUUAACAAAAUAGACGUACAACACUAA